AUGAGCCACCACCGGUUUCCACUGCGCGAGACGGUGUUCCCGCCGCUGCACCUGUCCGAGGCGACCAAAGCGCACUUUGUCGACAGAGCGCUGAAACAGCUCACCGAGGCGCUGCAGGACUACGACAGGUACCAGCAAUGGCAGGCGACCCGACCCCCGAGCCUUCGGUACCAGUUGCACCCGGCAAUGUGGAAACCGCUCAAGUCCUGUGAACAGCUCACGGUCUACCGCCGAGUCGCGAGCGACGAGGCCGUCGUAGCGGCUCCCUCUAUAGUUGAAACCAGGCGACGUGCACGGAGUCGGACGCUCGAGGAUGUCAGUGUCCCCACGACGUCGUCGUCGGUCGCGAUGACCGCAGCGACUUCCGACUCGGUGUCGUCCGCGCCGGCCAAUGGGUCUGUCCCCACAGUGACCUCGUGGUCCCGUUGUCCGGAACGGUCUCCGGGGGCCACGACGAGCACCACCGAGUGGGCGCUGCCCACGCUGCUGCAAGUGGGAACGAUUGAGGGGACGCUGGACGACGUCAUGUACGGCGCAACGUGCUUCGACGCCGCGGGGGCGUUGAUCCGCUCGGCCUACACGGACGAAGAGGUCGUGGACGCCGACACGCUGCACGAGUUCCAGGGCCCGACCGUCGACGACCCGUUCCGGUUCCUCGGCCUCAAGUGGCUCGUGCGGUCGGCGCCGUCGACGGUCAAAGCGUUCGUGUGGCCGCGGGACCUGACGUUCAUUGCCGCAACGGGAGUGCUCACGCGUCCCGGCGGCGACCGCGUGGGCUAUCAGGUCAUGCGGUCGGUCGACCUCGGCAAAGGCUUUGGGCCACUGGAGCACCAGCGGAUCAUUCGGGCCCGCGUGUCGGCGUGUUACCUGUAUCGCCAGACGUCGGCCAAUACCGUCGACGUCCACAUGAAGACCAACUUUGAGCCGAGUGGGUCAGCGCACGAGAGCAUUGCGCUCAUGUUUGCCGUCAACAGCCUCACGAGCUGCUUCAAGUCGGCCAUCUGCGCGCAGAACAAGAAGCUGUCGUGGCUACUGGGGCACCCCGCGAUCGCUGAGAAGGCGGACGCGGGGGCCGCGAUGCCUGGGAAGAAGAAGCAGCGCGUCGACUGCCGCGUGUGCUCGAGACCCAUCGGGCCGUUCUCGCGGGGCGCGAGCUGCCGCGUGUGCCACGCGCGCGCCUGUACGACGUGCUAUGUCAAGAAGAAGCUGAGCUUCUCGGGCUCGGGGCACAAGACCAUUGAGCACCACGCGAUCGUCAUCUGCACGCACUGCCUCACGUUCGCGCGACAACUGGCGUCGCUGGACAUCGCGCGCCAGGAAGUGGCCGAGCGCGAGCGCUUGGGGCGACGACGGGGGCUGCUCUGUCGCGCGACCGCUGCGUCGAUGCGCCGCGGCCUGCGGUGCCGGAGCAACAGUCGCGUCAACACGGGCAAGCAGCUCCUUUCGAGCCGGCGCAAAGGCCGAGAGAUCUCGAGAGCAGACGUCGGGCGAGUCGUCGGCGCGGCACCGCGGCGGGGAACGAGUUGGUCGCCCCGUCGGACACGUUCGCAGCGCAAGGAGACGUCGAGCCCACGUGCUGUCUCGGACGACAACGCGGACACGGACGACGAAGACGACGACGACGACAAGGGCGGGGACGCCACGCACUGCGUUCCGGACCAGCCGCGCCGGAAAGCCCAGUCGACGCCAAGCGACUGCAGCCAAGUGCCUCGCGCUGGCACACGUGCGGUGCACGAGACCGACGACGACGACGCUGCAAGCCCUGUGAUGGCGGAUCGAGCGCUCCAUGCUGACGCGCUUGACGAUUGCUGGCACGUCGUGGGGUGGCGGCCGACGGCAAUGGCGACGGGAGUGCCGAUAUUAGGCGAUGCACUGCCUGAAGCAGCGGAGCAGUACGCGUGGGGAGCGGCGGUCCCGUCGCCGAUCACUUGUCCACGAGUGGAGCCUCAGGCUGCGUGGCCGUCUCCGCCAUCGCUGUUGUUGUCGCCGUCAGUGGCACUGCUAGCGCAGACGGAAGCGUCGAGGCGGAUGGCUCGAGACGGUCGAUGUGGUGGCAGGACGCCGCAUAUGCCGCUGCCCGCGAUUCCUCGCAUCAAGUCCGGAGCGUCGGUGCAGGAAGUGUUGGCUCAGUUUGCCGAGCUGUGCCACGCGGCCGAUGCUGUGUACUGGGCCGCGCGGAAUCACGCGGGCAAUCCCUUGGAGCCGACGGUGUGCCCACGGGGACGGAUCUCUCGCCUCGACAUGAGUGCAGUGGACUAG